CGGAGAAAUCCGAGCCAGAGGUGACCCUGCAAUGCUUUCAUGGCAUUGGCUGUGCUUGGCCCCGCCCCCUACGUCAGCCAGCCUAUCGCGGGGCUGUAGCGUCCGAGGUUCCUCUGACAGGAUCCCCUGGCCGGAAGGUCUCCGCGGGUUGAUUGGGUUCUAGGGGAGAUGGCGGCAGCCGCAGCGAGUCGAGGUAUCCGCGCCAAAUUGGGCCUGCGGGAGAUUCGCAUCCACUUAUGUCAGCGCUCUCCCGGCAGCCAGGGCGUCAGGGACUUCAUCGAGAAACGCUAUGUGGAGCUGAAGAAGGCGAACCCCGACCUGCCCAUCCUCAUCCGCGAGUGCUCUGAUGUGCAGCCCAAGCUCUGGGCUCGCUACGCAUUUGGCCAAGAGAAGAAUGUCUCUUUGAACAACUUCAGUGCUGAUCAGGUAACCAGAACCCUGGAGAAUGUGCUAAGUGGCAAAGCCUGAAGCCUCCACUGAGGAUUAAGAGCAAAAGCCCCAGCGCCAGGACUCUGCUGGACUGAGCACAAUGUGGAGAAACGUGUUCUGUUCUUUAUAAAGCUUGUGCUGAAAGUGCCGCCUCCGGAUGUUUUGUUCCUUGUUCCACCCUCUACCCUGUAUUGUGUAACCAACUGAGGCAAAGCAGUUAAAUAUAAAAAUAAAACUUUAUUCUGUCCCAUCAAAAAA